GAUAUAAAUACCAUGUUCCAUUUCUUAAAACGAAUGGCAUGGUAAAUGUCCAAGACAAACGUAUCGGACCUCUAUACCAACAUGUUUUCCCUCCAAGGCUUGCACCUAGACUGUCUUUUGUUGGAAUACCUGAAAAGGGUUUUACGUUUCUAACAAUGGAGUUACAAUCAAGAUGGAUAGCACACGUGUUAUCGGGGAAAAUUUUGUUACCAUCAGAAGAUGAAAUGUCAAGUGAUGUCAAACAUUAUUAUCAAGAAAUGAAAGAAAAUGGACUUUUAGAGUAUCAAACACACUCACUUGCAAAAAAGCCACAAUAUUUAGACUGGAUGUAUGCACAAUUAGGAAUGGUCAUCGAGAAGCAGAUAAAAGACAUAAUUGAAUAUUUUACCCAUUGUUAUAUAAUGGCUGGUUUUGAUGGGUAUAUGGAUGCAUUCUUGCAAAAGUAUGGAAUAUGA